GUACGCACAGUCAAGUAGCGGGGAGUGUCUGUUAAUAAGGCGAUGGUCUGUUUUGAGCAACCAUCAACUCAACCUGAAGCCGCAGCAAAUCACACGAGAACAAGCUCAUAUGGCUGUCGCUGGAAAGAGGCCCAAGGCCCUCGCGGUCAUGUAUUCGCUGACAUUUAUUGUCCUUCUCUUUACCGCCCUACGGAUAUACACUCGCAUCGCGGUUGUGCAGUCGUACGGGCUCGAUGAUCACGUCUACGUAUUCGCUUUCGUUCUCUUACUUCUCUAUACUGUCUUCAUUCACAUUGCCGCUACACAUGGAUUUGGUCAGAACAUGUGGGACAUCACGCCACAAAGCGAUAUCUCCCCUGCUGUCUUGAACUGCUGCAUCGCACAGACGUUUGCUGUCAUCGGUAUGGCCGUCGCAAAACGGAGCCUGGGCCUUUUCUUGCUGAGACUGGUGAAGGAGAGAUGGCAUACGAUCGCAAUCUGGGUCGUCUUGGCGAAUCUGAUGACGGCCAGCCUGGUUUGCCUUUUCUUCUUCUGGUUCCAAUGCGAACCCGCAGCAUUUCUGUGGGAUAAGAGCGUUGGCGGCAAGUGUGAGCUGCCACAGCUGGCGGUUUCCAUCUACUUAGGGGCGUCGUGCGUCUUCACGGAGCUGUUCUUUGCGAUUUUCCCGUGGGUCUUCAUGUGGCGGCUGCAGAUGAAAAAGCGUGAAAAGCUCAUCAUUCUCGCGUCCAUGUCUCUUGGUAUCAUUGCGGCCGCUUGUGGUAUCAAACGUGCGACCGAAAUCCCGAGUUUGAUGUCGAGCAAUUAUCUUCGUGACAGCGUUGGCAUCAUCGUCUGGUCAUCGGCCGAGCAGGCUGUGACAAUGAUCUGCAUUGGCAUACCCGUCUGCCGGCCGCUAUACAAAGGAUAUCUCGACCGGUUGACAUCUCAUAAAACGAAUAGUCGGUAUCGGAACCUCAACGGGCCGCAACUAAGCGCUGGCCAAGUCCCUCUGCAUACCAUUGGCGGCAGCGACCUUCCGGGCGGGAGUAAGGCGAGUUGUUCCAAUGGGGGGUCCAAAGGUGACAGCCAUACCGAACAGGAUGAAGGUGACACCUUCGACUCGGACAGUAGUAUGUGGAAGGCUGAAUCAGGCGGCCUGGGCGAGGAGUAUGUACCCGCUGGUGGUGCAUAUGUUCAACACCCAGCGUCGGCUCUACGAGGGAUACGCGUCACCAAGGAAGUGUCUGUGACUAAAGCGGAAAGGCAUUGAUCAGUUGUUUGAGUUGAAGGUGCCUUGGCAUCGCCAUCAC